AUGAGUCCCUUACAACAAGCCUGUGUUACCAUCCCACAGCUACCUCAGGCUAUCGACGGUGGUCGAUUGAUCUUACAGGACAUGCUCGGUGUUGGUGCCUAUGGUUCUGUAUACAGAGCUGUCGACACCCAAUCAGGCCAGAGUUAUGCUGUUAAGAGUCUAAACAAGACGGGGCUGGACUCGAGGCAACGUGCAUUCCAGAGCCACGAGGCAAAACUUCAUGCCCUCGUCUCCGGUCACCCAAAUAUUGUCACACUCCACAGGAUUAUUGAAGAGAAUGAUCAUCUCUAUAUGGUGCUUGACUGUGGAGUAGAAGGUGACCUGUUUUAUACCAUCACAGAACGUGGAGGUUUUAUUGGGAACACUUCAGUUAUCAAGGCAAUCUUUGUCCAAAUUGCUAGUGCUGUCAUGCAUUGCCAUGAAAACGGUGUUUAUCAUCGCGAUCUAAAGCCUGAAAAUAUUAUUAUGUUUGGUCAAUGUACGAAAUUGAUUGACUUUGGUCUAGCAACGACAGAAAAGACCUCAAAUGAAUUUGGAUGUGGCUCCACAUUCUAUUUGUCCCCAGAAUGUCAAGGGGGUUAUGUUGAGACGGUCAAAUCUUAUGAUAGUGCAGCCAACGAUGUAUGGUCCCUUGGCGUGAUCUUGAUUAACCUAGUCUUUGGCAGGAACCCAUGGAAGCAAGCCUGUCCUAGGGAUGAGACAUUCUCGGCUUAUGUCCUCAAUAAUGACUUUUUGCAAACUAUUCUACCCAUGUCGCCCGAGCUGAAUGAGAUCAUCAAGUCCGUAUUUUGUCUCAAUCCAAAGAAGCGUAUCACUUUGUCUGAGCUAGUCAAGCGCGUACAAGCCUGCAGUACUUUCACGACGCCUGAAUUCCUUGCCUUCUCCAGCGCCUCUGCAGAUGCUUCUGAAACAAUGGAUGAAGCUGCUGUAAGAGGAGUAGCGGGUUCAGAUAUAAGACAGGCUGCAAGGCAGAAUGACAAGCUCUAUAACAAUGGUGAUAAAGAAGAUUCUGGAGUUGAUUUGCGAUCACUGGCAUAG